UGCACGAACAAGCACAACUUUGAAAGUUUAUGCAGCCGCUGUGCAGGACGUCCUGAAGGGGGGAAAAAAAUCUGCAGAAGAGCAAAGGCACCACAAGCUGACGGACUGAGAACGGCAACCACUCCGAAGCAGCUUUUAGACCAAACUUAAGAGAGAAUUGCCCUGCGAAAAUGGGCUUUCCGACGAUAUCUAGGUGUCAUCUGGUUAUUUUAAAAGUGUUUUUGCUUCAAUUUAUCGCUUUUCAAGCAACAAAUGCUCGCCCAUCUCCUAUAAUCAGGUUUCCCGGAGACGAUACCCCGAGAACAGACAAAGAAGUUGCUCUGCACUAUCUGAAUAAGUUUUAUGGAUGCCCACAAGACAGAUGCAACCUUAUGGUGCUCAAAGACACUUUGAAGAAAAUGCAGAAGUUCUUCUCCUUGCAAGAAACCGGGGAAAUAGAUGCCAGGACGGUGGAGAUCAUGAAAAAACCUCGCUGUGGUGUCCCGGAUGUGGCCAAUUACAACUUCUUCCACAGGAGACCCAAGUGGCAGAAGAAGGAGAUUACCUACAGAAUCCUGGGCUACACUCCUGACCUGGACGAGGAAGUCAUAAAUGAUGCUUUCUACAGAGCCUUUAAAGUGUGGAGUGAUGUCACGCCGCUUUCUUUUACUCGCAUCAUGGAUGGAGAAGCUGACAUCAUGGUUAAUUUUGGCCGCAAUGAACAUGGAGACGGUUAUCCUUUUGAUGGCAAAGACGGUCUCCUGGCUCAUGCCUUUGCCCCAGGACCAGGAAUUGGGGGUGAUUCCCAUUUUGAUGAUGACGAGCAGUGGACCUUAGGAGAGGGCCAAGUGGUGAAAGUGAAGUUUGGCAAUGCUGAUGGAGAGUUCUGCAAAUUCCCCUUCCUGUUCAUGGGGACCGAGUACAACAGCUGUACAUCUCAGGGUCGAGAUGAUGGAUUCCUGUGGUGCUCCACCACCUACAACUUUGAUGAAGAGGGCAAAUAUGGCUUCUGCCCUCACGAGCUACUUUUCACCCUUGGUGGUAACGGAGAGGGCGCGCCUUGUAAAUUCCCCUUCAGCUUUCAGGGAGAAAGCUACGACAGCUGCACCACGCAGGGCAGGGAUGAUGGAUACCGCUGGUGUGCCACCACUGAGGACUACGACCGUGACAAAUCCUAUGGCUUCUGCCCUGAAACUGCAAUGUCAACAGUGGGAGGAAAUGCAGAGGGAAGCCCCUGUGUCUUUCCUUUCACCUUUCUUGGAGACAGCUAUGACUCCUGCACUUCUUCUGGACGCAGUGAUGGGAAAAUGUGGUGUGCCACCACUAAGAACUACGAUGAUGACCGGAAAUGGGGUUUCUGUCCUGACCAAGGCUACAGCUUGUUCCUGGUGGCGGCCCAUGAGUUUGGUCACGCCCUUGGUUUGGAGCAUUCUCAGGACCCAGGAGCUCUGAUGGCUCCUGUCUAUACGUUUACGAAAGACUUCAGACUUUCUCACGAUGACAUCCAAGGCAUCCAAGAGCUCUAUGGUGUGCCAACCGACAAGCCUUUGCCUCCAACCCAGGGUCCUGUCACUCCAAUGGACAUUUGUAAAGAUCCAGUUAUCUUUGAUGCUGUUGCACAAAUCAGAGGAGAGACGUUUUUCUUCAAAGACAGGUUCCUGUUCAGGUCAGUGAACUUCAGGAGCAAACCCAGUGGCCCUAUGCUAGUGGCCACCUACUGGCCUGACCUCCCUGCGAAGAUAGACGCUGCCUAUGAAAACCCAGUGGAGGAGAAAACGGUCUUCUUCUCAGGUGAUGAGAUGUGGGUUUACAAAGCCGAUGAGCUGGAAAGAGGUUACCCGAAGAGGCUCUCCAGCCUUGGCCUCCCCACAGAUGUGCAGCAAAUUGAUGCUGCCUUCAACUUCAGGAAGAACAGGAAGACUUACUUAUUUUCUACAGACAAAUUCUGGAGAUUUGAUGAAAGUAGUCAGGCAAUGGACCCUGGCUUCCCCAAGCUUAUUGCUGAAUCUUGGAAUGGCAUUCCUGAUGACAUUGACUCUGCUUUCAGUCUGAACGGCAUUGAUUACAGCUACUUCUUCAAAGGAAGCCACUAUUUUAAAGUUGAAGACAGCAGUUUGAAGAUCAUCAAGUUGGGAGAAAUCACAAAGGACUGGCUUGGUUGCUGAACAUCGACCAAAAUGUUUCACAGCAGGUGACGAUGGUCUUAUGAGGCCAUCAGUGUUAAUCACACACAACUUGAGGUUGUUGCAGUGCACACUGUUACAACUUUUUAUCCUUGGCCACUCUGCAAGCUUCUAUGGGACACAUGUACCUCCAGCCUGUAUAACCGAUCUCAGCUGGUAGAAUGGCAUUUCAAGGCCUUUUACACAGGCUAAAUGUAUGCACCUGGCAAAUUGCUUUAUUUCUGUGUGAUUUUUCUAAUUGUAUGACUGAUGCACAUUUAAAAAAAAAAAAAAAA